AUAGACCAGGCUGGACUGGGUAUUGAAAGGAACUAUUAUCUGGAGAAUGAAACAGAUAAGAAUCUGGUUGCUUAUCAUAAGUUUAUGACGACUGUCGGUGUUUUGCUCGGAGGUCAAAAAGAAGUGGUAGAACAAGACAUGAAGGAAGUACUGGAGUUUGAGAUGAAGAUUGCAAAGAUUUUUGUCCCUCCAGACAACAGAAGUCAAAUUGAUCAAAUGUACAGGAAAAUGAGUAUCAAGGACCUAGCCGCCAUCUGCCCARAAAUUCCUUGGCUUGACUUCUUCCAGGAAGCUUUUCAUGGUUCUACCAUCAAAAAUACSGAGAAUGUAGUUGUCAUGGCGACUGAUUACCUUAAAAUAUUAUCACCUGUCRUUAAGAAUGCUACUCAAAAAGUGUUGAAUGACUACAUGAUUUGGCAWAUUGUAAGCGGUUCAGUCCGAUCUUUGUCAAGACCAUUCCGUGAAGCCUCACAUAAUCUCCAUAAAGUCUUGGAUGGAGUGAGCCAACCAGAAGAGCUAUGGAAAACAUGUAUCUCUGAAACUGAUGAUUCUGCAGUCGGCAUGGCACUUGGGAAUCUGUUUGUCAAGGAAAAGUUUGAAGGAUCUAGCAGAACAGAUGUAGGAUGUAUGACAAGAAUGGMAACUUUGGUGUUCAAUGGUGGACCAAUAAAUCUGUGGAGGGUUUUGAAGUCAAAGCAGACUGCUUGAUCAAACAGUAUGACAAGUAUAGUUACUACGGCAAACAUGAAAAAGGAAAAUUCACUCUUGGAGAGAAUAUUGCAGACAAUGGUGGCCUGAAAGCAGCWUAUUUGGCUUAUCAAAACUGGGUAAAGCAAAAUGGGCAAGAGAAAACCCUGCCAGUCUUGGGAAAGACAACUGAACAGUUGUUUUUCAUUUCAUAUGGUCAGAGUUGGUGUGCCAGCAUAAGACCAGAGAAAGCAAAAGCAAUGUUGGAAAUUGAUCCUCAUUCUCCAAACAAAUUCAG